AUGCUUACUUUCCAUUGCUUCCCCCUUCUCCCUGUCGAGCUGCGUCAGCGGAUCUGGAUGUUAAGUAUGGAGCCCCGUCAGAUCGUUUACGGCAAAGAACCACCUAGCUAUUAUCAAUGCCCCUGGCCGGCGUCUGCGCCGCCGCCGCCUCUACUUCAUACCUGUGAUGAGUCACGGGCUCAGCUCAAACGGCAUUACGUCAAGGCAUUCGUCACGGAAAAGGCUCCCGAAAAGUACACUUGGGUUAACUUCGACAUCGACACCGUCUACCUUGCCCAGCACAACCUGAAGAACCUCCAUGCCGAAUGCCCGAUGGUCCGUAAGAUCAUUCUCCUUGGCAUAGAUUCCGAAAUGUUUUUUCACUUCUAUCAUGGGCUUCUUUGGGGGAUGAAGCAUCUGGAGACGGUUGAUAUUCUUCACAUGGAGUCGCCCGGGAAAGUAGACGACGAAUGGUGGACGGGCUGGGACAGCAUGAUGGAGGCCUACUAUUUCCGUGACGACCCUGUCCCCUUCUACACCCGGAUUCUAUACCCUCAGUACCCGCCUUAUGAGAUCAACGCCGACAACUACCUGAAAGUCGAGCGAGACAAGCGAAGAAAGCUGUUGGCGGAGCACCCUGACUGGUACGAACCAGGCUACGAGAUCUCUGACGACGACGACGACGACGUCUGCGGCCCAAAUCGUUUUCGGACAGGCUACCGCCGCCGGGUUGAGGGUUGA